AUGGCCCGGCCCGGCAGCACCCGAACCACGCGGAGCAGCCGCUGCUGUGCCCGAGCUCAGGUGCCUCAGCAAACUCACACUUCUCUCUUCCUCCUCCAAGGGUCUCUCCCAGAUCCAUUCCAUGUCACAGGACCCCCCAACCCCAUCACCGUGGCCAAGGGCGAGAACGUGGUGCUGCCCUGCGGCUUCUCCCCAGGGCAGGAUGCACUGGACACGGAGGUGAUCUGGUUUCGGGAGCAGUUCUCGCCCUUUGUGCAUCGCUACAAGGAGGGCCAGGACCAGUACGGGGAGCAGAUGCUUCAGUACCAAGGGCGCACUGAGCUGCGGAAGGACGACCUUGCCAAGGGCAGCGCGGACUUGAAGCUUUUCCAUGUCCGACCAUCUGACACAGGGAAUUACACCUGCUUUGUUCGCCGUGGCUCAGAUUACGACGAGGUUGAGGUGGAGCUCAAGGUGACAGUUCCCUUUCUCCGAAGCAUCUAUCCUUGGAUGAUUCCCAUGGUCCUGAUCUCGGUUGCUGUGUUUGCUCUAAUUAUUCUCACAGUUUAUCUGUGGAAAAUUAAAGGUACCAUCCUGG